UCGCCCGCGCCCGGCCCCGUGGCCCGGCGGUACAGUCGCCCCACGGCCUGGCGGUUUUGUUUUUCCCCGAGAGGCAAACCCACGCGGUGCUGGGGGCAGCUCACCGCGAGGCUUUUCUGAGGGGAAGCUUCUCCCCAGCCCGGGGUGGCUCCUCGGGCACUGCGCUCACCUGAGCAACACCCCACCAGCCGGGAGACCCCUCUGAGCCCCGGCGGGAGGCGCAGCAGCUGCCCUGCGGAGAGGACGACUCUCCUGGAGACACUGGAAUUGCUCAUCACCUGCCAGCCAGCAUUUUCUGUGCUUCACCCUUCUCCUGAACUCCCAGGACACCCACUGCGUGCCAGCCUGGAGUCCCCGGCCUGCGGGUCGCUCUUCAGCAUGUCUCUGCAGCCCUGGGAGUGGGAGGAUGACAAGUCAAGCCUGGGGCCCAUGUCCUCCAUGGUCAGCUUCUACCAGUCCCUGAGUGAGGGUGAGAUGGAGGAGUACCUGAAGGCCAAGGCCCAGCCCCAGGAAUCAGAUUCCGACCACCUGUUUAGCAGCCUGGGCUCCUUGGAGCGGCCUGCCAGCACCUUCACGUCGGACAUACCGCAGGUGGUCCCCUGCAAAUUCAUCAUCUCACUGGCCUUCCCUUCCUUUGCUGCUGUUCAGAAAGGAAAAUAUUUAAAUUUAAGUUUGAAUGACAUAUUCAGACACUUUAAAAUGGACAGAUCUCUGACGAAAUCUCGCCGUUUCUACCACAUCGAGUAUUUCCUUCUGCCAGAUGACACAGAACCUAAAAAAGUUGACAUGGUGCUGUUUCCAAUGGUGGCCAAAGUGUUCCUGGAUUCCGGAGUUAAGACUGUGAAGCUGUGGCAGGAAGGGCAUAAAGUCUGGGUGUCCUGGGCCCAAACUUUUCACAUCAGCGUGACAAAGGAAUUACUAAAGAAAAUAAAUUUCUACAAUAUAACCUUGAGGCUCUGGGACACUAAGGACAGGGUUUCGAGGAAAGUCAGAUACUACCGAUUAAAGAUGCCUGGGUAUUCAGAGGAUACGGGAUCUUUUGAGGAUGUGAAAAACUUGGUGUUAAGUCAGAGGAAGUUGCCUAAACAGGACAUUCACAGCACAGGGAAAUGGAACCAGGAGUAUGUGUCAGGAAAGCCAGAACAACCAGAACGAGUAAAGUCUUUGCAAGCAGAGCCCGGCAUUUUCUCCAAGGACUGGGAGGAUGAGAAGCUGUUCAGAAUGGAAGAUCCUGGCUUGUUUCAAUUGAGUGCUUCAAGAAGAAGGAAUUCUUUGACAGGUCUAACUGGGAUGGAGAGGAAGGAAACUUCAGUUAGCAGCAGCUUAAACACAUCAGAAAAGCAAAAGAUCCCAAUUCGACUGAAAGAAUCAGAAGGGAAAAGGAAAACCCAGAAGAAGGCUAGGUCCGUAAUAGAAGAGGAAACGAACACCAAGCCGAUGGGCCACUGGAGGUCGGAAACCUUCUCCAUGCAGCUGGCGAUAAAGCCGCUCCUGGCAGGAUGGCAGACCGUCGUGAGUCAUGGCAGUCUGAGUUCUGCCAACAUUUUAGAUUGUUUUUUGACUUUAAAAACCGAAGUUCCCAUCAUGACUGAGGAGCAAAAGCAGGACUUAAACCCUCUGACCAUAAAGAUCCGCAGCAUUUCCUGCCUCCCGCCCCAGCCGCUGCCCGGCCAGGAGCUAGAGAGGCUGUGUGCUCCUGUGUACUGCAGGUACCAGUUCCACAACAUGCCGGUUCACAGGACUGAGGGGCAGUGCCAUGGAACUCACGUCUACUUCCAGGAUGUCAACGUCAUCUUCCUGGGGGCAAUGCAUCCCAGAGACCUGAGGGAGUACCUGGAGGGCCCCCCCAUGGUGGUGGAAGUUCACGACCGGGACCGCAAGUUAGAGGAACGUCCUCAGAAGCCCAUUCUAUUUGGGGAGGACCCCUUUGAUACACACCUCAGUCUUCAUACCCUAGUCGCCCCGAAAGAGAUAGAGAACAACCCCUUUGAGUCCCAGAGCAAAAUACAGGACCCUUAUGGGGUGGCCCAGGUCAGUUUUGCUGACCUCCUCCUUGGCCACAAGUACUUGAACUUGGUUGUCCCCAUCCACAACUGCGAGCCCAACCCCAUAAACCUCGGCCGGGACAGCAGGAGCAGGAAGGCUGUGGGGUUUCGGGCAUCCCCCAGUGGCCUCCAGCACACACCAAUGCCCAUGGGCAACUACCUGGAGGCUGACUCCCAGCUGAAGCUGCGGGUGGACAUCGCUGUGCCGCUGCGGGCCUGGGGGGCAGCGCCCGAGCCAGAACUCAGGGGCACCGAGUUCGGCCGCAUCAUUUUCGUGUUUAACUCCAGGAAGCCCUUCCUCCUGCGUAGCCUGCUGCAGGACGUGACGGUGAUCAAUGCCAAGGCCCUCGAGCUGGACAUGUACCCCCUCAGGAACAUCCAGCAGAUCCUGUCAGCCUUCAGGAUACGGGUGAAGGUCCAGGAAAGGCCUGACCUGGACGUGCUCACUGGCUUCCACCUGCUGGAUGGGAAGACCCACCUCCUCAUCCUGGAAGGCCUGGCCGAGCAAGGCUUGAAGCGGCUGUGGGAGAGUCACCAGAGGCGGGUCACCAAACUGGAGCACGAAAAGUACGGGAAGCACAAGGUGCUGUACAACUCCCGGCUGCUGUUCCGCCAGCGCCUCUACGCCGACCUGGAGACGCUGCUGUACCAUGUGCACCUCUUCAAGCCGCUGUCGCUGCUCAUGAGGCAGCCGGUGCUGUACGUGCGCAACGCCGUGUCUCGCCAGGCCUUCCAGGCCCUGACCAGGCUCUACUGCAUCUGCCACCACAGCGCCAGGCUCAGGGAGGUGGUCACCAGAGACCUGCUGCCGACCUCCACCAUGAUCAAGGUCUUGAACCAGGAGUUUGGGCUGCCCAUCUCGCCCACAGAACUGACGGAACGAAGACCCACUCUCUCCCCACAACCCGCCCCUGUUCUGGAGCCUUCCCAAGGUCACCUUUCCUACCUCUCUCACGAUAUCUCAACCCACAAGAAAAGGUACCUGCAGUGGAGGAGAACCAUGAUGCUAAAGAACAAAGAAGACAGUCGCAGCCUCAUCCAGCAAAACAUCGCAGGUGCCUACCAGGCCAGCAGGAAGCCUACAAAGCCUGUGGUAAAGGUGAUCAGAAUCUCGGCCCCUGCCAAAGACGCUGUCUAUAACUACAGCAUUCAGACCCUGAAUUCCACGGAGCUCGCCAAGAAGGAGUUGUAUCAAGAGAUGGCCAAGGAGCCAAGGAAGAGAUUCACAUACUCACAGAAGUACCUCUCAGCCAUGGUGGAGCCUUGGGACCCAGAGGAAGAGGAAAAGAAAGCAAAGAAGAAAUCUCGCCAGGCGUGGCUCACCCCUAACGGGUUCCAAGUGACUGGUCUUCAGAGCGCUGGAAGUGACCCUCACCUCAGGCUGCUGACCCCCGGCUUCCUCACAGAGCAGAGUGAGGAGUGGAGGGAAAAGGCACCGUUUGGGAAUGUGCUGGAUCGAGAGAGGUGGAGCUGGGACAAGCGCCACCAGGACUUCGACCUGUACAAGAAGCCACCACCUUUCCUCGAGCUGCCCCCUCCCCCGAGGCCUGUGACAGGUGGGAUGCUGAAAGGGAGCGGCCCUGCGUCUUGAGCUGUAGACCUGACGCAUCGCCAUGGGCCGCACCACAGCCUGCAGUUUGUCCAGUCCCUCCCGCCCUCGGCCCCCUAGACACGUCUUCAUUAAAAUGAAGUAGGACAAAGCCGCGGCCGGGCUCACCUCAUGGUCAUGGUUGCGCAGGCCUAUGCGGAUGGAGCGGCUGGCCCGGGACAGCACGGCCGUCAUGCCGUACAGGUUGAUGAGGAUGUUGGCCACUCUCUUCAGGACCAUCUGCUCCUCCACGAUGGUCUGGAACGCAGAGCCCCCUGUAGAGACUUGCCACCCAGACACCACCCUGCCUGGUGUGUCCUCACCUGUCCCUGAGCCUCGCCUUAUGCUUGGAGGAGGUAGAGGAGCUGCUUUUCCCUCGUAGGUCUGGGCAGGGGACAAGCAAGGCCAGGUCUCUCCUGAGACAGAGGCUGGCAGUCACACCUCCUCAGCUGCAAGCCCCCCGCCCCCGCUCGCUGUGUGGCCCCUGGGACAGGCAGACAAAGCCCACCUGAAUGAGGACCAGGAUAUCUUCCCAGGGCUGGUCCUAAAGGCAGACGCAGCAAACGUCUCAUGGAAGCGGCUGUCUCCACCCAUCAAGUUGCAGGCCUCUGCAUCCCCAACCUGGCAGGGCCCCAAUACCUUGCCAAAGCGGAGCAGCAGCGUCUCUACGGUGCGGCCAAAGUAGUACACAUUUUCCUCAAGCUUGCUGGCACUGUCCUGGGGACAGGGGACAGGGUUAGGUGGCGGGGGCGUAUCAGGUGCCCCUCCCAGUUACUUCCCUACUAGGAAGGAGAUAUGGACAGGAGGGCAUCCACAUGGGGCACACAUACUGGGUCCACUCACCCCAACACUGGGAUGCACAGCUCCAAGCUUCCCUGUCAGCCCCAUGUCCACACUUCGGCCCAAGGUGUCCCGAAGUCUCCGGCCAACGGUCUCCAUGACGGUGGCCACGUUGCCCUGUUUAAGCUCCCUGCAGAAAGUCCCGUGCCCUGAAACAUGGCCCCUCAGCACCACAGCACCCCAUUCUGCCUCCCUGACUCUGAAGCCAUAGAGAGCAGCUCAGGACUCUGGUCCUCCCCGUAGUAUGCUGGACACUGGCUGCAGGCUGAGCCCUGUCAGAACAGCCAGGCCACUCUGAGCUGGAGCUAGUUUCAGGUGGUUCUGUCCCAGUUAUGGGGUCUGAAAAUGCUCUGAGCAACCCAUCCUUAGGCUCCGGCAGAGAUUUCUAAUUGCUCUGGUGCCAGGAUCAGGCUCUCAAGGCUCUGUGGCUCUCAAAGUCUGGCCCGUUAGAGUCACCUCUCUUGCCUCAGGUUCUGAAAACUCAGCUCCCCAUGGGAGCUGCUAGGGAAGAGGGCUUCCGGGGCAGCUGGCAGUACCUGCUGGGGAGGGCCAAGCUCUGGACCUGGCUUUUAAGGCCCUCACCCCCCACCCCUCUAGUCUGCACCAUUCCCAGGGCAGGGCAGCCCCUUCUGCUGCUGCCCAGAAUGGGCCCCUACUGGCAGGUGGGACCUGAGAUGCCCAGCGAGAACGGCACCUACUUGACCCUUGCCGUCAGGACUCGUCCAGCAUGCUGCAGGCCUGUCAGGGCGAUGUACAUCCGGAGAAUCUCGUUGGUUCCCUGUGGUCAGAAGAAUGGAGGUCAAAGGCCUGCCACUGCCCGCUUACCUGCACUGAGGAAGUCACUGCUUCGGAAGCAGCUGAGAGCAAGGCUGUGACCACAGGGGUCAGGGCAACACGCAGGGGACAAGUGGGGAGCUAGCCAGAUGGCUGUGGUGUCCUUCUGCAACUUCCCGCCUCUCCAAGGCCAGCCGUACAAGGACCCUUACUUCCUUCCGCUCCCUAAAGCCUCGCGUCUUUGUAACGGGAGAAAGCGCUUCCGGUGUGCGUGUGUGUGGGGGGGUGGGGGCUGACAUCCAGGUGCCUCACGUGCUGGCCUAGGCCAGUCCUCUGGGAAGCCACGACCACAGAGGAGGUGCGGCUGGCAGCGCCCCCAUGUCAGGGUCAAUGCCCAGAGGGCCCCCUCCCCCUGUGCACAGGCUGGCAGUGGUGUCCAUGGAAGACGCGGUGCUGGAGGGCGGAUGCGCGACCAUCCGGCCAGACGGGCACCACAGACAGCGGGACUUGCAGGAAAGGAAGGGGCAGGGUGCAGGCCUCCAGGCUAGCCCAGGCCCUCGCACCCCCGCCAAGCAGUGUCCAGAUGGGUGCAUCUGCUUCACCCGGGGGGCUCUGCACCCCACAGCCACCGAGCCCCUUGCUGCCUGCCCCACCCGGCCAGAUGCGCAAACGUGCCAAGACGGAGAUGGGGCCUCAGUAGGGGCGAGCCCAGGGCAGCAGUGCCAUGACCCACCCAGGGGCCCAGGAUCCUAGUGCCCUCAGGCUGCCGGGUCCUGUAUGCCCACUGAGGGAGACUGCAGAGCUGGGCCUCGGGGGUGCGCAUGGCAACCAAAGCAGCCGGCACGGUCUUCCUCUGGGGAGGAGCUCAGAAGCUGCGCCCCAAGGGCAGCCAGUUUCAGGGUGCCUUUGGGAACCUCACCCAAUGCUCAGACGCCAAGCCUGACCCUGGUGUCAGGUCUUCACCCUGCACAGUCCACACCCAUUCUAAAAGCCUCCCACAAGCCAUCGCCUCCAACCUGCCCCCACAUUAGCCUCGGGGAAUCGCCUAGAACACAAGCAAGCAAGUCCUCCCUCACUUGGAAACCUCCGGUGCUGCUCACCUUUGCCCCCGAUUCAUCUGCUUAUCAGCCGAAGCCUUUAUGCCAUGGCCAAGGGCCACGUGUUGUCUCACGAGAUACCAGCCCCUGCAGCCAGCGGUGCAGCUCUGCUGCAGGAAUCCUCCGUCAGGCUGCACAGAUGACGAGCACCCAGAGGUGCUCCAGUCUCCCCAAGUUCCCCAGCCACCUAGCACAUGCUCCCUGAGCUUGCUCUCCAGGCCGGGGCCCACACGCAGCAGCAAGAGUGAAGUGCCCAAAGCCCUCACAGGGGCCUGUGGAGCUGCGUCAGUAGAGGACACCCAGGAGCAGAGCCCAGGCCCAGCACGGGGUUGCAAGGGCGUGGGUGAGAGUGGGCGCCAGGCAGCAUGGCUCGGGGUCAAGGGCUCCGGAGCAGGGCACUCACCUCAAAGAUGAGCAAGAUGCGGGCGUCACGCAGCAUGCGCUCAUACGGAUACUCCUUCGUGUAGCCAGAGCCCCCCAGGAUCUGCAGUGCCUCGCUCACGCACUGCCAGGCCGCCUCUGAGCUGAACACCUGCCACAGACCCAACGGCAAGGUCAGCACGGGGACGGGGUCCUUCCAAAACGAGGACCUCAGCCUCAGGGAUGGGCAGCUGGGGGUGGAGAGGAGGCUCCGUGUGGCGAACCCAGUUUUUGGAGGCGCCUGGCCCAGUCUCACAGGGUGACCCCGACCUCGCCCUUCCAUGCCCGGAGAAACCCGUCCUUUUAGAGCCUGCCUCAGAUGUUGAUUCACCCGUACCGGAAGCCGGCCCAGGCCCGUUUGCAGGCAGCGCACUCCUCUGCACUUGAACUACUUGGCUGGACACCUGGCCCCAGGGGCCGGUUUAUGUGUCCACGUGUGAACAUGGCAAAGGCAGGGCUGUGCUCAGCUCUGGGCUGUUUCUGGAAGAGGGCGUGUGUGACGAUGGUGAAGGUAAUGAGAGAUGAGACUGAGCAAACACACCAGCCGACGUACAAAGGCUCCACACAGGACUGAUGACACCGCCCCCUCACCUCCCAGGCACACCCGUCGACGCCAGACGUUCACUUCCCCGGCUGUCAGGCCUCUCGCCGCCCUGAGAGUUUAAUUCGAGAGACCAGUAGGACUAGAAGCAGGGCUCUCAAUUCUGUAACAGGAAAGUGACACUGCCCUCCCCGAACAAGACAGAAGCCCAGAAGGUACUGGCUAACCAAGAUUUCACUGAAGGGAGUUUUGACACCAAAAGCAGAAAGCCCACAGACUCGGCGUAAGACAGUCCUUCCCACGAGGCUAGCUGCGCUUUAUCCCGACAGGCACUGGCAGCCAUGGAAGUUACAACACGUGGUCUGGAUUGUCCUUUGCAACCACCCACCGACAUCUUGGCACACAUGGCACUGGGGAGACUGUCUACAACCUGACACCAACUGCGCAUGGUGCUUGCUGCGUGCCCCGUGCUAUGCUGGUUUCCCCAGCUCUGUGCUAGGGCUGUGCCUGGCACAGGGUGGGCAUGUCACAAGCACUGGGUCAGUGACAAGCUGCCCUAUAAGCUGAGGAACAGAGGAAGGUGGCGAGAGUGACGAGGUCUAAAAGGCCGCGAAGAAGCCUCAGUGCCAGCUUUCUGGCUAAGCUGUUACCUUCACCAUGGCAGCCUCGAUGGAGCAGUCGGGAAAGCCAGGCCGGUCCAGCAUCCCUGCCGUGAGGUAGGCCAUGCUUUCCAUGACGUAAGUCUUCUGGGCCAUCAGGGCAAACUUUUCCUGGAGAGUUCAGGAAAAACACAAACAAUCUGCAUGUGCCGAGACUCAGCAAUGCCAACUGGCACAGCAAAGUCCAAAGUUGCACAGCCCAGGAGAGACCGGCCCAGGCAGCAACAAGAGGGAGCUGAAUCGCCACACGAGGCUCACCAGGACUGACCCCACGCCUCAAUGCCCACAAAAUGCAGUCAACAAAUGAGGCACCCCUGACUUUUAGUACCUGAAUCAGUCCGAAUUCACUGAGGGUCUUGUUGAACUGCUUCCUCGUGCAGGCAUACUCAGCAGUCAUUCCUGGGGAAGAGCACAGCAGCACAAAUUUUCUGGUUGGUCUGAAAUGAUUUCCUAAGGUUAUCAUCAUCUUUGUCCAAAUGCUCAGGCAGCAGCUGAGAGAACUGGGUGUACUGAGGUGAGGCCAAAGGCCUGAAAAAGAGCCCCCGACCCCCUUCUAGCUUCUCGAAUCCAACAUUUUUUUAAACCAGCUAGUGGUCAAGAUUUCAUCCUCUGAAUGACACACUAUGGACCCCAGAGUUGCUGCAGACUCCAUGAGAUGCCUGUUCAAGGUGCUGGCACAGGCCAGGCCCCCAGAAGCUUCUUGACAGAGGUGGGAGCAGGCCCCACCUGUCCUAGCCAUUAGGGCAGGCUGAUUUGAAAGCGCUGGUCUGGAACCUCAGGGUGUGUAGUUGUGAACAGAACAGUGUCAGGGCCUGGCCCUGAAGGAACCCAAGUGAGCUCGGCAGUGCCCGACCCUCCCCUGCACGGGCUUUCUCUGGGUCUGCACAGGCAUGAGCCACUGACAAACUGGUCCCACAUCACGCAUUUCUGGGUUGGUGUCUCAUUCGAGGUUCUACAUCAGGACAGGCUGAUCAUGAGCUUUCCCCACUCCCACCCCUCUGCUUGAAGACUCUUGCACAGAGCAUUCCAGAUGGGAGAGCAGAGGCCCAGAGGGCUGCCGGGCCUGGGAGCAGCUCAGCAACGAGACGAGUCCUGAGGGUGGAGUUGGACAGGGUCAGCUUUUAGGCCCUGGUGCAUGGCCUUACCCUCUGGGCCUCGGCCCCCUCAUCUGUAACACGGAGGUAAGAGCCCCAAAAGCAUUCCUGUCCCCACCUUGUCCUGAAGGAGGCGCUUCCUGAGCGUGGUGGUAAGUCUCCCCGGACCCCCCCGCCCCUGCAGGCAGAGCUCGGGCAAUCGCCUCACCAUGUGAGGGUGGUAAUGGCGUUUCAUGCCCAACAAGUACACUAGAGGGCGCUGUGACUCGCGUGGCAAAGGCUGACCUUGGCUCAGGUAACCUACCGACCAAAGCGGGGAUCCAGAGGCCAAGGGGCCAGGGCUCCCUCUACGGUGCAGUCACCCACAAAACAGUCUUGGGGGAACGAGCGCUAGUGUUUAUCUGGACCCGGCAGCCUUUCGCUGUCGGAGCAGCAGCCCCACCGGGCCUCUGACAACGCCUACGCCCCUCUCCCCGGCUCUGUGGGUGAGCAGGCCCAGUGGGGGAUCACGGUUACUAGCUACGCUCUGCAGACAGACUGAGGAUGUUUUCUGGUCUACACUGAAGACCCGAUUCUAAACUUCUGGCCGUUUUUCCCGGUGGCCUGGCUCAGCACAGCCUCCGGGCUGGGGGCUGAAGCUGGGCGAGAGGCCCCGCACCCCGAGGGCCCCGUCCCUGACUCACCCACCGAUCAGUUUCUUCAGCAUGCCGGCCACGGCGGUGCCCAGGCUGAAGCGCCCGCUGUUGAGGAUGUUCAUGGCCACCUGCGGGAGGAGGGAGGCUCGCUGCCAGUCUGCUCCUCAGCGAGCUGCUCUCCCGCCGCGCCAGUCCUCACGGGACCAGAACACAGUUCCCAUACCCCAAAAUGAGGCACCCGUCAGUGCAGGGGCCUCACACACAUCCUUGUGCGCCCCCCCGCCACAAGCCACGGACACCAUCACUCCAAAACAACAGACCGAUUCCAGUCCUGGGAAGAGUGGAAAGGAACAAGCACAUGGCGCACCUCGCAAGUCGUGGAGACUCCGGCCAAGCUUCAGCAUCAGGAUCCUCAUCUUACAGAUAAGAACCCCCGGUUCAGAGGAUGAGGUGCUCACGCCAGGUCACACGCAAGCAUCUGCUAACAUCCAGGCCUGUGCUCUCUCCCUACACCCCAGGGCACCCGGCUAUGUUCCGCCAUGAUCCUCCACCCCCCAACGCCAGCGUUGUCACGGGGUGACCGUCAGCUCCCCUCCUCCAGCCCGUCUUCCUACUGCAUGCGCGUGGCGGUCAGCAGCUGGUGACGAGACAGGCGGGUGCUGCUGCCCGCGCUCUGCCUCCCCAGUGCUGGGCAGUCCAGAUCCAAGGCGGCCUUCCCUUCUGGGCCCAACGGGGUGGAGACAAACCCAACUAGACAGCAGGGGGCCAGCGGUGUGAUGGGGAGACUAAGGGGAGGGCACU